AUACCAUCUAUCAUAUCUGCUGUUUUUUUUUUGGUGUUUUGCAAGUGACCCCGUGUGAUCUGUGAUUCCUGAGAGCAAGCGAAAAUGCUGCGAGCCCAGUGCCUGACCGUCGCCCUCGUGCUCCUGGGCUGCUCCUCGGCCGUUCUGGCCGGUCGCCUCAGCCAGCGGUACCUGCCCGCCCCGCAGGCCAGCCAGCUGCACUACCACGGCGUCAGCGGCCAGGGACACGCUCGUCCUGGCGCAGGGGCAGGAGCAGGAGGCUUCGCCGGCGCCCCCGGCUUCCAGCGCCAGGCGCAGCAGCCCCAGAUCCCCAUCGUGAGGAGCGACUACCAGAGCGACGCCAACGGCAACUACAACUUCGGCUUUGACACCGGCAAUGGAAUCCACCGCGAUGAGACCGGUGAGUUCCGCGGAGGCUGGCCCCACGGAUCGCUGGGUGUCCAGGGAUCCUACUCCUACACCGGCGAUGAUGGCAAGCAGUACACGGUGAACUACAAGGCCGAUAAGAACGGCUUCCAGGCCGAGGGAGCCCAUCUGCCCGUCUCGCCAUCGGUGCCCGCCGCCCCAGUUGGACGCAGUUCUUAUGGAGCUGGUGGCUAUCGUGGAUCGGCUUCGUCGCAUGUGCCUGCUCCUGCCCCAGCCACCCGUUAUCUGCCCCCAGGAUACCGCCAGCGUAGGCACUACUGAAAAUCGAUGAUAUAUCGAUAAUACAAUCGAUGGUAUAUCGAUGAUAAAAUCGAUGGAGGAACCAAUAUUCUGAAUUUAAAAAUGUAAACCUUAAUAAAUUGACACCCUUUUUGGAAA